AAAUUUUAAAAACGCAUUUCUCUGUUGUGAUCUUACUCUGCGCUUAUUCUGCGAACGAAACUACUUGUAAUCUGCCUUCUUCAUUUUCACUUCAGCCCUCUGCCUCUGUUCUGAAAGUUUUCAGAAGAUUAAUUUGAAUUGACUACAAGAAAGCACAAUGGCAUCAACAAUUGGUCAUUUGUUUCAAGAUCAGAAUCUCAUUGUUCCCUCUCAUGGAUCUUCUCUUGGGGGGAAAGGUGAUACCUUCAGAAAACAAAGGAGAGGGGGGCUUGGUGCAAGGAAACCACUUGGUGAUCUAUCGAAUUCGGGGAAGCCUGCUCUCACCCAGGCGUCAAAAAACCAGCUUUCCAAGGAAAUGGUUCAUGAUGCAAACAAUAAGAAAGCCUUUUCUAAGGCCUCAGAUAAGGUUCAGACCCGUAGCAGGAAGGCUCUAUCUGACAUUUCAAACUCACAGGCACCACAUGUGCAGAAGAAGCACAACAUGAAGUUGAGUGUUGUGGCGGAGGAGGCUAUUUGUGCUGGUGCUAUUGCAGAGGAACGAUUUCUGCACAAUCAUGAAGAAUGCAUUAAAGCACACACCCAGGCUAUGGACAUGGAUCAUUUUCUGAUGACACUUGGACUACAUAAGGAUUCUUGCAAGAAUCUUGCAUCUCCAUGGGCAGCACCUGCAUCGUCAAGUAAAUUUGAGCCGGAGUCUCCCCCGAGGUAUUUGGAUUUGGAAGAGAUGAAUGAGCUUGAACCAUCCUGGCUGUCUGAAAAGCUUGACUCACCUCCCUUCUCUCCAAAAUCACCAGGUUUCCACACUGUUUCCUCUCUGUUUUCGGAGGACUGUGACUUCCAGUUGAUGUAAACACCAUAGUUUUCAAGGGAUUGAUUCCCCUCCAAUCUCCAAAAUGCGUACAGUGUGAUGGAGCAUCAAUUUGAACUUGAAAUUGAUAGUCCCCCUUGCUUCCAGAAGGGUUUUCUUAGCUGUAUUGUUAAUUGAGCAUUUGGAUGUUAUUGCUUGUUCCAAGACUCUAUGUAGUAGUUAACGGUGAUGAAUGUUUGAUUCUUUUAUU